CGAAGGGCGACCUUUGAAGCCACAGACAUGGCUUCUCAUUCCAUCUUCUUCCUGUUUCUUCUCUUCCUUCUGUCUUCCUCUGCCACGGCCCUUCAUGCUCGAGCUAGCCACUCGUCGUCCUUAUCCGAUCCCUCUGCCGGAUCAUGUGGAUACGGCCCCAUGGCGUUGGGCUUCAGUGGCGGCUGCUACGUUGCUGCUGCAAGCUCUGCUCUUUACAGAGGCGGCGUUGCCUGUGGAGCAUGCUUCCAGGUGAGAUGCAAGAACAUGAAGAUUUGCAGGAGUGAAGGUGUUAAGGUGAUCCUCACCGAUCUGCAUGGCCUGAAUGACACGGAAUGGGUCGUCAGUAGGCCUGCUUAUUCGGCCAUGGCGCGGCCGGGGAUGGCCAAAGAGCUGAGGGGACUUGGCGUUGUGGAUGUGGAAUACGAGAGUGACAGGAAUUUGUCCAUCAGAGUGGAAGAGAAGAGCAGAAGGCCUGAUCGUCUGGCCUUCAAAUUCUUGUAUCAGGGGGGCCAGACUGACAUUGUAGCAGUGGAGGUAGCAAAGGUUGGGUCAUCGAAUUGGCAAUUCAUGAACCGGGUCAACGGACCGGUUUGGAGCACGGACCGGGCGCCGGCAGGGCCAUUGCAGGUUAGGCUCGUGGUCACGGGCGGUUACGAUGGGAAGUGGGUUUGGUCGCAGAAGGAGGUCUUGCCGGCCGAAUGGAGAACUGGUUCCGUUUAUGAUUUGGGGGUUCAGAUUACUGACACUGCUAAGGAGGCUAGCUCAAGCUCCUAGUCUUAGACCUACAAAUGCUAACCUAAUGGAAAGUUCCAUUGUGCAUAGAAAUGUUCAGAACCCCAAUUCAAGGGGUUUGUUAGAUUUAAAAACAGAGAUUGAAUCCAUGGAAGCCAUCCAUUUUAGUCAGUGAAUGAGAUAAGAUGAUCACCUAAUGCUUCUUAACAGAAUCAUUAAAUAUAACAAAAGCAUCAGCAAAGAUUGAGAGCAGUGGCCAACUUUUGGUCCUCUGCUUGAUUUGAUCGGGAUGUG